AUGCACGGCGGCGCGGCAGAUGCUGCCCUGCGCGGCCUCACCGCCUCCCCCUGCGUGCUCUGCCACGCCCCCGCAUCGCUCUACUGCCGCGCCGACGACGCCUACCUGUGCGCCGGCUGCGACGCACACCUGCACAGCAGCAGCGCCAUCAUGGCGGCGCACGAGCGCGUGCCCGCCGCCUGCCGCCCCGGCCUGCCCGCCGGCGGCGGCGCAUCGUCGGCCCGCCAGCCCUCGCCGCAGCCCCAGGCGCUCAGGCACGAGCCCCCCGGCCCCGGCCUGGCCGGCGUCAUGGCGGCGGCGGCGGGGGCGGUGCAGCAGUACACGCAGCAGUACACGCAGCAGUACAAAUCGUGCCUGCUCAGCAGCGGCCCCACCUCCGCCUCCCCCUUCUGCUUCCUGUCCAAGCAGCUGCUGCCGCCGCCGCCGCUGCCGCAGCAGCCGGGCGAUGCAUGGGCGGCGGCCGGCGGCGCCGGCGCCUCGCUGCGCCACGGCAGCGCCGGCAGCGACGACACGCGGUGGGAGGCGGCGGCGGCGCCGCCGGCGGCGCGCGGCGGCAGCCUGGACGCGGUGCUCAUGGACUGUUUAGAAGGGCUGGCCCACGCUGACGGCUCCACGCUGCUGGACUUUAACCUCGAGCUAGCCCAGCUGCCCACGCUGGGGCUCGCCGGGCGGCGCGCAGGCGCCCCCGCCAGCCAGCCGGGGCUGCAGCAGCCGCCCGCGCAUGCGGUUGCCGAGGCGGAGGCUGGAGUGGAGGCUGAGGCUGAUGUUGAGAUGAUUCACGGCGUCGGCGCCGCGGGCAGCGGCGGCCUCUCCGGGCACUGCCAGGUCGCCUGCCCCGCCGCGGCCGCCACCCAGCACCACCACCACCACCACCACCACCAGCAGGAGGCGGGGCCCGCCCUCGCUGGCUCGCUCUUCGAAGGCCGCUGCCAGCAGGCGCAUGCGCAGGCGCAGCAGCAGCAGGCGCAGCAGCAGCUGGCGGCGGGCCUGCUGCCGGCAGAGCUUCGGGAAACGGCCGACAGGCUGCUGCUGGGCCCGACGCUCCAGCCUCCUCCAGACAGGGAGGCAGGCAGCGGGCUGCUGCAGCGGGAGCCGAGCUGCGGCCUGCCGCCCCCGCCCGCCUCCUCCUCCUCCCGCCAAUGGGCGCUGGUGACGACCGGCAGCAGCGGCAGCGGCACGCCGCCGCCGCCACCCACCGCCACCGCCGCGGGCGAGGCUCUGGCGGAGAUGGCCAGCGGGCUGUGGCCCCGCGAGCCCUCUGGCAGCCUGCUGCUGCCGCCAGCGGGAGGCGGCAGCGGCGUGCUGCUGCACGGCAGCAGCAGCGGCGCCGCCGCCGCCCAGCCGGCCGCCAUGGUCGCCGUGACGACCGGCGGCGGCUUUGGCGGCGCCGCGGCCGCACCCGCCACCGCCGCACCAGGUCCCUCCUCAGUCACAACCGGCCUCCAGCCGCCCGCGGGGCUGCACGCUGCUGCCACGGCGGCGGCGGCGGCCCCAACCAAGCGCGGCGGCAAGGCCGACAGGCGGCGCGGCGGCGGCAGCGGCAGAGGGCAACGCAUGCCCGGCGGCGCCACUGGCAGUGGCGGCGGCGGCAGCCCUGGCAAGGGCUUGCCCGGCGGCGCGGCCGUGCGGCGCCCCACCCGCCCCGCGGCUCUCAGCGCGGCGGUCAAGGUGGCAGCGACGGCCGCGGCCGAGGCGGCGGGGGAGGGCUCAGCUGCGGCCGCCGCCGCAGCCGCAGCCGCAGCCGCCGCGCGCGCGCGGCGGGCGGCAGGGGUGGAGGCGGGCGGCGAGGGCAGCGACGGCGCCUUGUGCAUCGUGAUCCCGCCGUACCGCGAGGGAGAGACGCGUGCCGAGAAGCUGGAGCGGUACCGUGCCAAGAAGCUGCGCCGCAAGUUCCAGCCCACCGUGCGCUACCAGUGCCGCAAGCAUUAUGCCGACAUGCGGCCCCGCAUCAAGGGCCGCUUCGUAUCUCCGGAAGAGUUUGCGGCGUGGCAGGCGCAGGAGCAAGCCGGCGGCGGCGCGAGGGCCGCUUGCUGA